UGAUUCAUUCACUACGCUCACAUAGACGCCAUGGACAUCCCAGGAGCAGAGACGUGACAAUUCAGUCUGCUAUACCAAACAGCAAAUCGAUGCUGGUUUGUAUUAUUACGAGUUGCACAGCUCGGUACAGCGACUUAUCAAUAGAUGGGCUUCGGGCGUUCGGACCGACUACAUAAAACGACAACAUCGGUGGAUUUUGGAGGAUUAUUCGAGGAAACAGCGGGUAUGGUUCCACUGUCUUGGGGAUGUACGAACCGAGUGGAUGAAUAUUCGGAAGACGGAUAUCACACCAAAAUGUAAAGACUGAAUAUAUACGAAUGCCAAACAAGGGAAGGAUUCUCAUUUGAAAAGAAAACUUGACACGUAUAACGUUCACGUUAAACUUUUCUGCAAGGACGCGUCUGCAUCUCUCGUCAAACAUUCAUGGUAUACGAACAUAAUCAAUCUGCCCGUAUAAAAUGAUCCAUUAACAGUGUAUGGAUUGUUUGCAUCGAUGUCUCGCAUUUGAUAUUUCAUCAUGCGAUAACAAUGCACCUUCCAAUUUUACCACUGCGCACGAAUAAAGAUAUGUCUACCUGAUCACCGGUCUUCAAACCAUCGCAUCACCGCCUACAUGUGAUACGUGACUCACGAUUGUAUUGUAAAGUUUGCAAAAGAUGAAGACUGUAUGUCAUAUAGAGUUCUGUGGUAUAGCGUCCACUGUGUAUGGUUGAACUCCUCUGUAAUUACCCAUUGGGGAUCGAAGUGAGCAGGUAUACCUGCUGUGUAGGCCCAGGAGACUGGUGAUUCGACGGCACAACACAAAGACCUCAACACCUUACAGAAAGGGCAAGCUAGAGUCGAGGUGGCAGCCUAACAAUACUGAAUUCAUUUAGUCGGAGUGGUUUCUGCCCAGCAGUUUUCCAAACGGAGCCCUGUCAUCAGAGUGCAGUCAUUUCUAAGGAUUCUUUAGAGUACAUCUUUUAUCUAGAGCGGAUUGGAUUAAGGGUGGAAACCCCUCAAGAACGGAUGAGACUUUCUGGAGGUGAUUCACCUUAUAAGACGCCACCAGUACACAGUGGGACUGCUGGCCCAAACAGAUCGUAUUGAAUAUAUGUCUUCUGGUAAAUCGAAUUAUUGCCCUGGUUCAAAUAAAAAGAUAUAUAUCCAACGAAGGGUAGGCCUACAACAUUUGGUAAACGAGAUUCGACUUUUCGCACAUACGGAAAAAUAACUCUGGCCAUUUUGUGACAUAAUAACGCCACAAGAAGAUCGCAUAAGCCAGAGUGUGAAUCACAACGUAUCGCAACUGGAUUGGCUGAUUACGGUCACGUGACCUUGUUUAUGGAGCUCGACCAGUGUACAACAACAAUGCUUGAUGUUCAUCAAUUUAUUACAAACGGCGACUCAGUAUUAUUGGUAGUUGAGUUUUGUUUCUUAAUAAAACAUUGACAUCAAGUCAACUCACCAUAUACCUUCUACGUCCCCUUUCUACGAAAGUGCACAUCUACAAUUCCAAAGUGCUGAGAAACUAUACGGACUGCCUACGCAAUGCUAGUACUUGAGGCGUAAACUAGUGACGGUGACUGCGUAUACAUUGCAUAUUGUGCCAUAGACAUGUCAGCGAGGUCUGACACACGCGCCAGCUACGUUCAUUACACGCCCCGUCUACGACCAGUCAUCACAGGCGGUUUGGCUCAGGGAAAGAGUCGUCUCAGAUCGCUCAGCGAGUACGAACAAGUUUCCCGCGCUCGAUAACAAACUCCAGCCAUCUCCAGCCGUUAAGAGCAACAUGGAUUUACUUAUCUGGCGAUUUUGAGCCAAGGAUGCAAGGAGGAAUGAAUGAAAUGUGAGAUGAGCGGAUGAUAAAGGCGACUACUGAUACGAUGUUUCAUUGAUCGUGGAUAAAAUGCGCGGGGAAGCAAACUAAAUACGAGUUGAGUGAAACAGAGGUGUUUUAUCGAGAAACUGAGGUUGCAUCUGAAGCAGACAAAUGGCUGUGGAUGUUGCCAGUAUUGCCAGUAAGGUUGGUUAUGGCACCUUACCAAGCUUAACGUUGGAUGUGAAUAAGACGGACUUGCAAGUCAACGGUACAGACAGCCCGACCAGCCCAUCGCUUGGUACAGCCGAUGUAGUUGUGCUAGGCAUCGUGUUGUGUACCUGUAUGUUACUGAUUGUGUUCGGUAACAUAUUAGUGAUUCUUGCUGUUUAUCGCGACAGAUCGCUUCGUCGAAGUGUCACCAAUUAUUUCAUCGUCUCUCUAGCAUUUGCCGAUCUGCUAAUUGGUGGUCUCGUCGUGCCGAUAUCGAUAAUUGAUACCUUGAAUAACGGCUACUGGUUUUUAGGCCGGGCAAUAUGUGACCUAUGGCAUGCACUGGACAUAUUGGGAUGUACUGCCUCAAUCUUGAACCUGUGCGUGAUUUCACUGGAUCGGUUUUGGGCAGUAACACACCCACUGAGUUACCCACGACGAAUGACUAGAAAAGUUGCAUUGAUCUUCAUCGUGUUAGUAUGGUGCUGUUCUGCGUUUAUUUCUUUCCCUUGUAUCGCAUGGUGGCAUGCUAUGGAGGGACCCAUGCCGGAUAACGUGUGUAUUUUCCCAUCUGAUGCCUUCUAUCUUGUGUUAUCUUCAUGUGUGUCAUUCUACGUACCAUCCAUCAUUAUGCUAUUUAUGUAUUUCCGGAUAUAUCGAGCUGCUGCUGCCCAGAUGCGACACAUUCGAUCCGGAACCAAGCUGGUGUCUACGGGCAAGAAUAACCCGGAAUCCAAUGGCACCGUGUCGCUGCGGAUCCAUCGCGGGGGAGGAGCGUCAUACAACGGUUCAGGUAACAAGCGAUACUCGGUAGCUACCGAUUCACGGACUCACGCUAACCAGAUAAUGGGGAGGAGGCUGCUUUCUCGAAUGAACCGUGAACACAAAGCCGCCAAAACACUUGGCAUCGUGGUUGGUGUUUUCGUCGUGUGCUGGCUGCCGUUUUUUGUCGUGAAUGUUGCCAGUCCGUUAUGCCCAACAUGCAUCUCAUCGCCACACAUUGUCAUUCCCUUACUGACAUGGCUGGGAUACAUUAACAGUGCUUUGAACCCAGCCAUCUAUGCCUUCACCAACAAGAGUUUCAAGCGAGCUUACAAGAAGAUCCUCUGCCGAUGCGGACGACGCCAAAAGGGACACUUUUUAACUCGAGAUGGAACUACUUUUAUGAGCAUUGAUUCCACGUACAGUAUGGCAGAUAUGGGACCAGGGACGCCAUCCCCAUGACACUGUGUACAUAAUGCAAUAUCACUGGUAGCUAUGGCGCUUCAGUUUACGCUUUAAAACAUUCAAAUUAAAGAUGCGAUGGACCAAUGCAUUUCUUGGGCAAGACUUAAGCUGUGUAAUCAGUGGCGCUUAAAGUUGCAACUGACGAAUGUCAAAUCGGCAUCCAAACCGAGUCCCGCACUGCUCUAUGAUCCUGCGGCGAGAAUUCAUUUACACAAAAAAGGAAAACAGGUAUUCGAUGUCCUCACGAUUUGAGCUGCUAGCCUCGGUUUGGAUGCUAAUUUGAUAUUUAUUUAUUCAUGACGUAGGCGUUAUUUCUUCCCGUGAAUAAAGGUCGGUAUUUUCCUCAUCUUAUUUAGCAACAGUAAAUCCCUUGGAGGCCAAACUGAAGCAUUAAUUAAACAUUAAGAUUUGGGAUCAUGAACACAGAACAAUAACAGCUUCUAAACAAAUCUAUAAGGAAUUGUAUUCCAAUGUGCUGUUCAUUGUUUUUAUUCCUUUUUGUGAAUCCGUUUUUCUGAAAUGAAUUUGAAUCAGGGUGACUUUAUUCUUGUAAAUGCGCCAAUACCAAUGUCUGUAUUAGGAGGUUUGUUUAAAAUGUUUCUCGAUAUGACGACGAAUGACAUGCAUGAUGAAUUCAUAAAUGAUUUUACCGAAUGGUUACGUGUUUAUGCACAUUAUCAGGGGAAUGAGACUUCAGUGUUACAUUUCAAGUUUUCCUCUAUUUUUAGACACCAAUCAAAAGCUUGUAAAUCAUUGAGAAAGACAUCAGAGAGGGCAGGAAUAGAUAAAAGAGCAUUGAACAAUUGAAGUGUAAUAGAGAAAUCUAAAAAAAAAGACAUUGAUAGUGGAAUGAUGUGGAUUGAUUACAUAAGAUGAGAAGGAAGAAAUUAUGAGGGUGAGUUGAAAACUAAAACAUCAUGAAUGGUGCAUUUGUAAGGCUCCACCGCAGCAACCGACUUCAAAACUUUAAAAUGUCAGUUAUAUGAUAGCAAUCGACAUAACUUUAGCACCACGGAUGACGAAGAGAACAAAAUGAAAAAGGAAAAAACGAGGGACAGUGAAAAAAACCGGAUGCAAGAAUUUUAAGGGAACGAGUGUAUAGUGGAGGAUAGUGAAGGGAGAUUUGAUAACAGACAUGGCGUGAAGAUGAAAGCGGAGAGAUGUUUACUGUAAGAGGAGAGAGAAAUGGUGACAAGGAAAUAUUAAUAGUGUAAAAUUCAAAGUAGGAACACGUCAACGAGUUAAAGAGAGUAUACAAGAGUAUAUGGAAUUGUUAGAGAGACAGGAAUGGGACAGAACAAAGGGAGUGAAUGGAAAAUAAAUGUAUUUAGGAAAUGUGAUGAAGAGGUUAUCGAGAAAAUGAAACACUGAGGCGAUGGGAUAGAGUGAAAAAAACACAAGAAAAACCAAACAAUUUCUAGCAAAUUCUAGGAAGUAUUCAUCCACUUUCAUCCCACGCGCUGCCUGACUAUGGAACGCUUUCCUUGUAUCUUGUUUUUUUUUAAUUUUUAUCUGUCCCAUUUCAAGCUAUAACGUCGAUAACUAUCUUUCUACUUGAAUAUUUCUUAGAUUUCCUUAGGGCCUUGUGAUAGGCGACUGUCGUGUACAAAAUUCAUGUGUUUUGAGAGAAGGAAAAAAAUGAGUGACUUGUAAGAACAGGUGGAGGAUAAGGUUAAAAAGAAAAAAGGUGGGAAUGUGUGACAGGAUAGAGUGAGAAAUGGACGUGAAAUGAAUAUAGUCAUGCGUAUUGUGCAUAAUAGUGGCGGUAGAUCGCACAAAGGAGGGUCGAUACGAGCUGUUGUGUAAUGACGCAAGAAAUAUUCGGAAACAACCCUGUGCGUGGCUUGGAGCAGCUUGCCCGCUCUUUCUGGAAAUCUAUUACCAAAUUGAAUUAUACCUUUGUUAUUAUAAUAAUCCGAAUGAUCGAAUACAGGAAAACACGGGCCUUCUUCGUUUAGCAAAUCAUUAUGGUCCAUUGUGAAUGGCAUGUAGGGGUUUAUAUUGACGUCAGCUUACCGAGGACAGACACGGAUCGGAAGGAAUGCGCCAUACCUCAUCUUCCACAAUUCGCACAAAAGAAAAAUACACCCAAGGGGAAGCUGGAAUUCAGUUACACGUUCAAUCAAAAGUUGACUGCGUGAAUGUGUACAUUGCGAGAAUAAAAGGAUGCGGUGCGCUAGAUGGACAGCGUGUUUUGAAAACGAGAAAAUGAAGAGGCUCCAAUUUGAUAUCCAGCAGACCAUUUUCACUUCAGUCAAAGAUUAAAAUCAACACAUUUGGAGUUUGUAACCCAAAUUCAGGACUCGUCUUCUACUCGAGUUCUCGCUUGACUGUUGCCUGCGCAUAAACAGCAGUAACAAAUACAAAUCCGGUAUCUUAUCACCUAAGGUUUGGGCUACACUUGUCUAUAAAAGACAAAACUUGAUCUGCAACAUUUGAGGUUUCGAACUGACAGGUGUAUUUUCAUUACCUUUCUGUUGAAGAUUGCAGCAAUUAAGGUCCAUAUUCUGAAGACAUCUAAUUAAUGUAAACCGACCACGUCCAGAGAUUGUACCGAUGUUAACCGAUAAUAUUGAUGUAGGCCUAUUAGGGCCCAAUUUGAAGUUGGAAAGUGUUGUUAAGAUUAUUUUAAAACAAAAGUACUGAGGUUGAAUGUAAUCAUGCACUGUAUAAAUAUUUGUCUAGGAAAGACUGGGGAUGUUGAGUGAUGGAAGAAAGUUCUCAUUUGCUAUUAAAAUUGUAUAUAUGCCUCUCGAUAACAAGA